UCUAGUCAUGGCAUCUUCCAAGAGUAGUCUUGCAUUGUUCACCCUGGCCAUGGCCAUGGCCGUGGUAGCCAAUGUCUCGUCGCAGAACACCCCGCAGGACUACAUCAACCUGCACAAUCGCGCCCGUGCAGCGGACGGCGUCGGCCCUGUGGUGUGGAACAACAACGUGGCCAAGUUCGCACAGGACUACGCGGCGGAGCGCCGCGCCGACUGCCGGCUGGUGCACUCCGGUGGGCGGUUCGGGGAGAACAUCUACUGGGGGUCCUCGCAGCGGAUGACCGCAGCCAACGCGGUGAACAGUUGGGUAUCUGAGAAGCAGAACUACCAUCGCGGCAGCAAUACCUGCGACACGGGCAAGGUUUGCGGGCACUACACACAGGUGGUGUGGCGCAGGUCGACCCGCAUCGGUUGCGCCCGCGUGAUCUGUGAUAGGAACCGGGGCGUCUUCAUCAUCUGCAGCUACGAUCCCCCGGGCAACGUCCGAGGCCGGGGCCCUUUCCUCGCCAAGUAGUACGUGUGUUUGUGUGUGAUUUGUGGUAUCGUGCUUAUGUGUGCGUGUGUGUGUGUUUUAUAAAGCGAAAAAACUGUAGUGUCUUUCGAAUAUUUACGUCUACAUAUGUUAUACGCAAAUAAGCACAGUCACCGGCCUGCAUGUGUCCAUGCCCCGGCUCUGUGGUGCAUGUAAAUGUAGUCGACGCCCGGCCGUAUGCGUCCAUUUAUAUAUUUUGUUUUGUUCAAAUCUUGAAGUUAGGAAAGA